AUGCAGCUAGCACCACGCUCCCCAAUAAUGCGCUCUGCCUUGUGCCUCGCUAUCCUUUCUGGGGUAAUAGCCAAUCCUCUCAAAGCAACAGCAACCUCAUCUAGCCCCCCAACAGUAACCCUAACCAGCAAUACAGGUGCAAAGGCAAUAUUUGUGGGCCGCUCACUUCCACAAUUCAAUCAAGAUCUGUUCUUGGGCGUUAAAUAUGCCGAUGAACCAACCCGCUUUACACCAGCUCAGCUCAAGACUACCUACGCAUCCAACGACAGCAACUCCGGUGUAUACGACCUAUCUACUGCACAAAGCACCACUGCCAAAUUGUCAUACUACAAUGCCACGCAGUAUGGCCACGACUGCCCUGCCUAUGGAUCCGAUACUACCAAUUUGGUAAAUCAGGGUCUUGUCACUUUAAAUGAAGAUUGUCUGAAUCUGAAUAUCAUUCGUCCUCAAACCGAAGAUCAAGGAUUGCUUCCUGUUGUGAUCUGGAUCUUUGGCGGUGGAUGGACGCAGGGUGCGACUGCUGAUCCGAGGUAUAACAUGAGCUAUAUCGUCGAACAGAGCGCUUUAAAUGGAAAACCUGUCAUGGGCGUUUCUAUCAACUACCGAUUGUCGGCAUUUGGAUUCCUUGACUCGGAGGAAGUGAGGGCCGAGGGAAAUACCAACUUGGCAUUGCGUGACCAGCGCACGGCUAUGCGAUGGGUGAAGAAAAAUAUUGAAGCGUUCGGUGGUGAUCCUAAUAAGAUCACUAUCUGGGGCGAGUCUGCUGGUGCUUAUAGUGUUGGUGCUCAUUUGGUAACAAACAAUGGCAACAAUGAAGGCCUGUUCAGAGCAGCAAUCAUGGACUCGGGGAAUGCUGUCGGUCCCCCAUACAAUGGCACCGAAUGGCACCAGCCAAUGUACGACCGAAUUGUCGAAAGAGCCGGUUGUACCAACUCCACGAGUACCCUGCAAUGUCUCCGCGAGCUACCAUACGCAACCUUAUACAGUGCAGCAUUCGAGGGACUAGAGUGGUUUGCAACUAUCGAUGGAUCCUUCAUAACCCAAUAUCCGCAGAUAAGCUACAAGCAAGGCAAACUCGCCAAAGUACCUGUAUUGCUAGGCACGAAUACCGACGAAGGCACCAGUUUUGGGACGACAGGAACAAACACCGAUGAGGACUGCAUUGAUCAAUUGACCACAUCCAAGCGAUGGGUGCUCAACCGUUCCCAGGCCACGGAGCUCCUAACCCACUACCCCAACAUUUCAGCCAUUGGCUGUCCCUACGGCUGGGGAAAUGUGACAUGGCCUUCCCUCGGGCUCAUGUACAAGCGAUACGAGUCUAUGGCGGGUGAUCUGACAAUGGUAGCGCCACGACGAAUGCUAGCGCAGACAAUGUCUAGUUUCAAGGAGAGUGUGUUUUCGUACAGAUGGGAUGUGGCAACCUUGAAUAGUUCGACGACCAUUGGAGUACAGCAUUUCGCAGAGAUACCUUUCGUUUUUGCAAACCCUGUGCAAACAAUCACACCGCUGGGAUCUGACCCUGCGCGAUUGGAACUAGGGCAGAUGGCAGCGCGGAUGUGGACAUCGUUCGUGGCGGAUUUGGACCCGAAUGGGCAUGGUGUGUCCGGGAUCCCGAAAUGGCCAAAAUAUACUUCUAGAACGGUGGACUCAAAUUUCGUGCUUCGUCUGCCCCGGAAUGAAAGUUAUGCUGAGGCUGAUACGUACCGCGCUGAUGGAAUCAAAUAUAUCAAUAGCAUCGUGAGGUAG